CAUGUCGUCUUGCUGCGGACUGUCUAAACAUCAGACCUAAGUGCAAGGUAGAUGAGGAAGUUUCUCUUCCUGUGUGGCCUAUUUCUGCUGUCGACACGUUUUAGAUCGAAAACCAGAGAGACAGAGAGCCGCACUAGAAAUACCCCCAGUGCUUACAAAAAUAUCAGAGGGUGGAGCUAAUGAGCACAAUAGACAGUGACCACGCUUACAUGUCGAUGCAGAUAGAGAUAUAUAAAUGCAGAUAAAUUUGACCACUGUCUCAGUUUAACACGUAAGCAUGCUAAAACAUGAAAAUUAGCACAGAAAUGCAAAUGUAAUCAUUUUUAAUACACAGUUCUGAAGAUGUACGGAUGGUUCCUCGACUCUCCUGUCUAUGUCCACCUCAGAUGGUGAACUAUCAGUAGCAAGGCUCUCCUAGAUGUUUGCACAUGGCUCACUGGCCUAAUCAAAGCCCUGCCUUAUUCAUUUGAAUUAAGAUUAGAUUACUGUCGUCUAAAGCUGUAACAUCUGUUACAGCUGCAGUUAAAGCUCCUAUGUUUGUUUUUGGGGUUAAUGUCUACACACAGUCAGGUAUGUGAAGUGAAGCCUGUGCAGAAGUGCCAAAAACUGCAGUUCCUCAAACGUCCACUUGAGGUCUCAAGCUUGCUGUAGCAGUAUUAUAAAUGUGAAUAAUUGUAUUAGUUUAUUUUUUCACUGGGGUACUUAUGUUGUUCAUGACCUGGGGACUGGGCCAGGUAUAAGUUUAUAUGCAUACAUAAGUAGAUAUUUUUUAAGCACUAAGUUAAGGGGUGCUAUCCCCCUGUGAUUUGUUAAUUAGUAAAGAUUAGUAAGUGACGUUUCUUAUGAUUUUGUUUAGAUUGUUGCAGCUGUCCUUUCCCUUGUUUCCCUUGUAGUCUGCCUCAACUCUCUGUUGUAUCAUUAAUCCUAAUUGCUGCCAAUAAAUAAUUCAGCAGAACAGAAAAUGCAAACUUGAUACUUUAAUGCAUUUUGUUCAAUGGUAGAUUUCAGCAUGUGAGGCCAUUUCUUUUGUUACAUCAACUCUGCAGCCGAUAAACAGUUAAAAAGUCACAUGCAGCUCACAGAUCAUAGUCACGUGGUGCAGCUUAGUGAUUAACAGAAUAAAGUUGAACUACUGGGCAGUGCAGAUCUCUUCACUGUGUAAGAGGAGGUGACUGCAUUAAGAUCCAAAAGGAUGCUUCACCUGAAAGAUGGCGGGCUCUGUAGACCUCGACUCGCUGCCAUCUGCACUUUGGUUUUCCAUCACUCUGUUUGUUUUCCUAACACAUCGUUGUGGAGGUCAGCCUCAGGUUGUUGGUCCACCAGAGCCAAUUGUGGCAACAGUUGGUGAUGAUAUCAUGUUGCCAUGCCAUUUGUCACCAGCUGUGGAUGCCUCUGACCAAACUGUGGAAUGGGCGAGACCGGAUCUGAAUCCCAGAUUUGUCUAUGUGUGGCGUGACGGCGUGGAACUAAAGACUAAACAACAUCCGUUCUAUGUGGGAAGAACUUCGUUGCACGUCAGUAAACUGAAACAUGGCGACAUUUCACUGAAACUUUCCAAAGUAAAACUCUCCGAUGAGGGAACAUACAGAUGCUUCCUUCCCACACUGAAUAGGGAUUCUUCUGUUCAGCUUGUUGUUGGUACAGUCUCCUCACUUAUCAUCAACUUAAUGAGGACUGAAAACAAUGAAGAGGUGGUUCUACAGUGUGACUCUGAAGGCUGGUAUCCAGAGCCUGAGGUGUUCUGGCUGGACGCUGAGGGAAACCUCCUCUCUGCUGGACCUACAGAGACAGUCAGAGGUCCUGAUGACCUCUAUACUGUCAGCAGAAGAUUGACUGUGAAGAAGAGCGACAACUUCACCUGUAGAGUCCAACAGAAGAACAUCAACCAGACCAGAGAGACACAGAUCUAUGUUUCAGAUGAUUUCUUCAGCCCUCCAUGUAGCUCUGUUGCUCACAUCAUCACCAUCAUCAGCUUGGCUGUGGUUCUCAUGAUUGUUCUUGCAGUUGUCUUUGUAGUGUGGACACGAAGACGGAGACUAAACAGCCGCAACUUUACAACAAAAGCAACGAGAGGAAGUACCAACACAGAACGUCCUCCCUUGCUUGUUGAGGAGAAAAGUGAAACACUGCAGGUCAUGUCAGAGAAAAAAACUAAACUUGAUGAACAGUUAAAGAAAGUACAAGAAGAACACAAAGAUGUGAUGGUGCUGCUUCAUUUAUUAACGUCUCACAAAACGGUUGUUUCAAAACACAUGCAUGACCUUUUAUCAGAAAAGGAAUCGAUCCAGACACAAAAACAAGAUGGAAAAGGAUUGAAAAAAGAUUCUCUAGAGACAAAGGCGAGGCUUAAUAGGAAAAUACAGGACGUAGACACAAUUUUGAAGGCUGUGCAUUAUGGGGAAACUAUGGUGGGAGAGAAAAAGACAGAGUUAGACAAUAUCAUUGAGGAAAUUAAUAAACAAACUAGAGGAGAUAAAUGGGAGUUUCUGAGAGAUGGAGGUGAACUCCACACGAUGGACAGACUCAUAUUGAAACCGCGGGUCACUGACUUCAGUGCACUGGUCUUGCAUCACAUCGUGGUCCUCCUUCUGCUCACACACUCCUGUGGAGGUCAGUCUCAGGUGAUUGAUCCAUCUCAGCCAAUAGUGGCGAUUGUUGGUGAUGAUAUAAUUUUGCCAUGUCACCUGAAAAUUCCUGCGGAUGUGGAUGCUCUUGGUAUGACUGUAGAGUGGGCCCGACCAGACCUCGAUCCCAGAUUUGUCCAUUUGAGGCGAGGUGGUGUGGAGCUUCUCCUCGAAGAGCAUGCAUUAUACACAGGGAGAACAUCACUGUUCAUCAACAAUUUAAAGUGUGGAGACAUUUCACUGAAACUCUCCAAAGUGAAACUCUCUGAUGCAGGAACAUACAAAUGCUUUCUGCCCACACUUGACACAGAAUCUGUGGUCCAGCUUGCUGUAGGUUCUGUCUCCUCACCUGAAGUAGACAUGUCCACAGUGAGCAAUGGCGUGUUGUUAGAGUGCAAAUCUAAAGGCUGGUAUCCAGAGCCUGAGGUGUUCUGGCUGGACGCUGAGGGAAACCUCCUCUCUGCUGGACCUACAGAGACAGUCAGAGGUCCUGAUGACCUCUAUACUGUCAGUAGCAGAGUGACUGUAGAGAAGAGUAACAGCUUCACCUGUAGAGUCCAACAGAAGACGAUCACCCAGACCAGAGAGACACACAUCCAUGUCCCAGCUGAACUCUUUGUGGUCCAGUCCAGUUCUGCUGUUCGGAUCAGCAUCUCCUUGUUUGUUUGCUUCAUCUUUAUUGGUGCAGUUGUCUUUAUUAUGUGGAGAAUGAGACAAACUGAAAAAACAAAAACGGAUGAUCUUCUGAUGGAGGACAGAAGACACGGGACAAUAAGUGAGAAGAUGAAGCAUUUGGACAAUAGAAAGGAAAAACUUGAAGAGGACUUCCAGAAGAAGGAAGAAGAACUGAAAGAUGUAACAGAGAUGAUUACAACACUGACAGAGCAAAAGAAGAAUCUGAAGGACCAGAGAGAGAAACUUACGUCACUACAGGAAGACAACACACAGAUAUUAAAAACAGACAUUAAAAAAAAGGAGAAGCGUGAAAAGAUCAAAGAGGAUCUAGAGAUGAGAAAGAGAGAAUAUAAGGCGCUGUUGCAGAACAUAGAGAAACUACUGGAAACAACAGAGGAUCUGAUUAUCAAAAUAUCAGAAAGGAAGGCAAAAAUAGAGACAGACAAAGAGCAAAUGAAUAAAACCCUGAAAGAGCUGGAGAAAGAGAGAGAAGAGACUAAGAAGAAACUUGAGUUAGAGGAAGAAAGAAAAGCCCUGAUAGAGGUGGAGAAAGAGACUGAGAGGAAACCUGAGGUAGAGCAGCCAGAGGAAGAAAAGGAAAAAGGGAAGGAAGGGGGGCAAAAAGGAAAAGAAAAAGGGAAAAAUGAUCCGUCAUCCACUGAUGCAGUGGUCUGAUUCUUUUACUUGACAUAAAAUUUCAACAACAUUUAGAAAAUGUGCAUUUUAGAUCUGGAGUUCACUCUCUAAAUUUGAUGUAUACAGUGACAAAUCAUAACAGAAGUUAUGUCAUGACACUCUCCAUACAGAGCAUAGACUGUGCUCUUUAUAAUAUUAUUUACUGCACAGAGACCAACAGUUCCAACAUGAGGAAGAUCUGGAAGGCAGGAAGUUGGAUCAUUGUGGACGGACAUGAACAGAUGCACAGCAACAAUACUAACAAUGAUCAUUAAUGAUAAUAACUAUAUAUAAUAAUAAAUAAUUAUUAUAGUAUUAUAAAUAAUAAUACUAUAAUAUAAUAAUAACUUUAAUGGAGAUAUGACUAAUAGUAGUAAUAAUGACAAUAAUAAUAGUAUUUGCAGUGGACAUCAAGCAGGACCACAGCAGCACACCUGACCAUUGAUUAUUGAUUUCAUAUUCCUCUGAUUAGUUUCUUUUCUUCUGUUCCAUUUUGCUUCAUAAUGUUGCCUGUUUUGAGUAUAUUCUGCUUGAAUUUGUAUUUCUUUUGUUUUAUUUCUUGGAAACUAAUAUGAGGCUGUCCAUAUAAUACUUUGUACGAUGUACGAUUAAAUAAUCCCAAAUUAUCAUGUUGAACUGUUGAGCUCAGCAGAGCACAGAAAUCAAAUCCUAAGAAAAAAAUGCAAAUAAUUUGAAUUAAAAGUAUUUGAUGAUGUUUUUAUAGUUGAGAUAUAGAU